UACAAGAUGGCUGCGCCCAUCGGGGUAAGAGCGUGUAAUCGACUUUCUCGUUAUGUUGGAAUAUCUGUAAUAAAGCGAAGAUCAUGUCAAGUACAUGCCAUAUUAUCCAGAUCAUAUACCAAUAGUAAUAUUCUAACUUUACAAGAUCGAGGAAUCUUCCAUGAAAUAUUUCCAGCAGAAUGUGAGAAAUUACCACAACUAUUAACCUCUAGUCCACAGACUAUCUACUGUGGAGUAGACCCUACUGCUGAUAGUUUACAUAUCGGCAAUUUAUUGGCAUUGAUCUCAUUAAUACACUGUCAAAGAGCAGGACAUAAUGCUAUAGCAUUGAUCGGUAAUGCCACAGCACUGGUAGGUGAUCCCAGCGGUAAAACAAAGGAAAGAGAACCCCUAUCUAAAGAAAUAGUAAAUAGCAAUUCACAGUCAAUACAAGAAAGCCUGAAUAGAGUAUUUAGUAAUCAUGAAAGGUGUAUAUGGAAAAAAGACAAGAAAUUACCACCAAUUCAAAUACUGCAUAACAUGAGUUGGUAUGAAAAUAAGAAAUUGAUUGACUUUUUAUCCUCAGCUGGUAGACACUUCAGGUUAGGUACCAUGUUAUCAAAACAUAGUGUCAAAACAAGAUUAAACAGCUCAGAGGGAAUGAAUCUUACUGAAUUUUUAUACCAAGUUUUCCAGUCGUAUGAUUUUUAUCAUUUACAUAAAAAGUAUGGGUGUAAUAUUCAGCUUGGUGGCACUGAUCAGCUUGGUAAUAUUAUGGCGGGACAUGAUUUAAUACAUCGAGUGACUGGUAAAGAAACUUACGGCAUUCUUAUUCCGUUGGUUACAUCCACAGAAGGGGAUAAAUUGGGAAAAUCAGCUGGUAAUGCCAUCUGGAUAAAUCCGGAUAAAACAACACCUUUUGAAUUAUUCCAGAACAAACCAGACAAUAGAACAGCGCAAAGAAAGCUAGCAGAACAGGUGACAUUGCUUGUACAUGGAGAUUAUUUGUUAACAGAUGAAGGUUUAAACACUGCUGUAAGAUUCACCAAUGCACUGUACAGUGGAAGUCCUGAAACACUAGAGAAAUUAUCAGAGAAAGAGUUGAAAGAACUGUUUAAAAAUGCACCAUCCACAACAUUGACAUUAGAACCUGGGAUAACCAUGUUAGAUCUGGGUAAAAAAGUCAACAGUCUACCUUCUACAGGAGUUCAAGGUGAGAGAAUCAUCCAAGAAGGUGGAUUCUAUGUGAAUUAUAGGAAAAUAACCAAUCCAGACCAAAUUCUGUUGCUAGGUGACCACAUACUGAAGAAUGAUUUAACCCUACUCAGAGUGGGAAAGAAGAAUUAUCACAUUGUAAAGUGGGUGUACUGA